AUGGCGGUACUGGAGGUGACCUUUAAGCUGCUUGAAGCAUUGACCAUUGGCCGUCUGAUUGCGUAUAUCGCGCUCUUCACUGUUGGAUCCUUCAUAGUCGAUUUCACAUGGAAGCCCAGAUACUCCAAAUCUCUGCCGCGGGUCGGCUACGGGGACGGGCUGCUGGGCACCAUCAAGAAUUGGUUCUUUUAUGUGACGCGCUUUCCCUCCUGGGCCGAUGAGGGCUACGAGAAGUAUAUUAAGAAGGGCCACGCCUUUGUCGUGCCCUCAUCCCCGAGCCGACCCCAUGAAAUCGUCGUGCCGCGAUCCCAAACAGGCUGGCUGCUCGAGCAGCCCGAUCGCAUCCUGUCGGCCCAGCAGGCUCAGAAGGACGCGUUGUACAGCGAUUACCAAUUUGUAGGCGAAGACGACCACUUUUCAGUGCAAACCAUCCACAGAAACCUCGCGCGCCACCUCCCAGGUCUCAUCCCAGGCGUCCAGGAGGAGAUCCAAGACGCCAUUGACAAAAUCUUUGGCAAGGACACCGAGAAUUGGAAGUCGAUCAACCUCUUCGAGGCAUGGUUGGGUAUCAUCCCUCAGACAACCAACCGAGUCAUCGUUAGCCGCCCGUUAUGUAGAGACAAAGAGUUCCUCGACAGCCAAGUCGCCUUUGCCGACGCCGUUGUCCGCAAUAGCAUCAUCUUCAACAUGUUUCCUCGCGUCUUAUUGCCCCUUGUUGCUCCUUUCUUCGUCCUCAGCAAUUGGUGGCAUUGGCGCAGGAGCUAUCUGCGGGCUAAAGAUAUGAUCGAGGAGCGCCUGCGUGCCAUGGAGCGCAAGAUAUCGGGCGUCGACCCGUCGUACGAGCCGCCCGAGGACAUGGUUACCUGGCUGAUCCGCCAGGCCUAUGCCGACAACCUGAAAUCGGAGCUCGAUCCCGUCAAGAUCUCGAAGCGUUUAUUGCCGAUCGAGUUCGCCGCCAUCCACACAACCGUCAUGGCAGGCCAUAACCUGCUGCUCGAUCUGUUCUCCUCCGACCCAAAGCUUGGCUAUCUGGACGCCAUCCGAGAGGAGACUGCGAGGGUGCUGGCAGAAUCGGGCAGUACGUUCUGGACGAAGCAGUCGCUAUCACGUCUGUAUCGUACCGACAGCGCUAUCAAGGAGAGCUUACGCCUGAGUCAUAUGGCGCGGGCGUUAACCCAUCGCAAGGUUGCUGCACCCGAGGGUAUCACAAAUGCCGCCGAGGGUUGGCAUGCACCGCAUGGAGCGUACUUGAUGCUUGAUUUGGCCGGCACCCACCGCGAUCCGGACCUCUAUCCGGAUCCAGACCGGUACAAUGCGUUCCGGUUUUCGAGGGUGCGUGAAGAGUGGGAGGCAUCACGAAAGGAGGGGGCGGCCGCCGAUUCGGAUGAGGAGCUUCGGAUCAUGAGGCUGGGCAUGGUCACGACAAGUCCAGAGUAUUUACCUUUUAGUCAUGGCAGACAUGCAUGCCCUGGGAGAUUCCUUGUUGCGCAUGAGCUCAAAAUGAUAUUGUGGUAUAUCUUACAGAACUACGAAAUCAAGCCAUUACCGGAGAAGCCAAAGACAGUCUGGUUUGGAUGCAACGUUAUACCCCCAGUAAAAGUCAACAUCGAAGUGCGGAGACGAAAAGGAACGGUUUAA